GUUAAUUCAUUUUUUCACGUAGUAACGUAACACACUUACCUCUCCUCAACUUCUUUACCUCUUUAUUGUCCUUCAUCCAAACAGACCUUAGGGCCUACUUACUAUUAAAACAAACUUCACGCAGAAAAAUUAUUCCUCCUUCAUCGUCUCACUCUGCUCGGUUCUAGUCUUGGACCUUGUUGACAGGAAGGAGAGGGAGAGCUUACAGUCUCUGGUCUGUGUGUGUGUCCAAAUAGUUUAGCAAAAUGGGUAAAGGAGGGAUGUCUCACGGCGAAAGCAAAGAUGGACAGCAAGAGAAUAUGGCUGCUUGGCUUCUUGGUGUCAAUAACCUCAAGAUUCAGCCUUUCAAGCUCCCUCCUCUCGGACCCCAUGAUGUUAGAGUAGCGAUGAAAGCUGUCGGUAUCUGUGGAAGUGAUGUUCAUUUUCUUAAGACCUUGAGAUGUGCAGAUUUUGUAGUGAAGCAGCCGAUGGUGAUUGGCCAUGAAUGCGCUGGGAUCAUCGAGGAGGUUGGAAGUGAAGUUAAGCAUCUUGUGCCUGGAGACCGUGUGGCACUGGAACCAGGCAUCAGUUGUUGGCGAUGCAACGUUUGCAAAAAAGGUCGAUACAAUCUAUGCCCCGAGAUGAAGUUUUUUGCAACUCCACCGGUACACGGUUCUCUAGCCAAUCAGGUGGUGCACCCUGCAGAUCUGUGUUUUAAAUUACCAGAAAAUGUGAGCUUGGAGGAAGGGGCAAUGUGUGAGCCCCUAAGUGUUGGUGUUCAUGCUUGUCGUCGGGCUAAUAUUGGUCCAGAAACAAAUAUCCUAGUGAUGGGAGCAGGGCCCAUAGGCCUUGUCACACUGCUAGCAGCUCGUGCUUUUGGAGCACCCAGAAUUAUCAUUGUGGAUGUGGAUGACUAUCGUUUAUCUGUUGCCAAGGAUCUCGGUGCUGAUGGGAUUGUUAAAGUUUCAACAAAUAUUCAGGACAUACCUGAGGAAGUGUUGCUGAUCCAUAAAGCCAUGGGAGCUGGAGUGGAUGUCACUUUUGACUGUGCAGGCUUUAACAAAACCAUGUCAACAGCACUGAGUGCCACUCGACCGGGUGGUAAAGUUUGCCUUGUGGGAAUGGGCCAUAAUGAGAUGACUGUCCCUCUUACACCAGCUGCAGCGAGGGAGGUUGAUGUCAUCGGUGUAUUCCGGUAUACGAACACAUGGCCACUGUGUCUUGAAUUCUUGAGGAGCGGUAAGAUUGAUGUGAAGCCCCUGAUAACCCAUAGGUUUGGUUUCUCACAGAGGGAGGUUGAAGAAGCCUUUGAAACUAGUGCUCGUGGAGGUAGCGCCAUCAAGGUCAUGUUUAAUCUGUAAAAUCAGCUGUAGCCUGGACGCUAUGAAAGCCGCUUCUAUGAGAAAAUUUAAAUAAAGCCGUACAGAUAAGAUAGUUAAAUAAUAUAAACUUCUUGGUGUUUAAAAUGAUAUUUGGAUUUUAUAUCUUAGUUAUUGCCUUAAUAUAUCUUAGUUAUCAAGUAGAAAGAGACUGCGAAUUACUUC